AUGCCCGCGGCCGUCGAUAACGCGAUUUGUGGUCCCCAGAAACCCGGCACCGUCCGUCCUUCCGACAAGAACAUCAACCUGGCCGCCCUCAACCCAUGCCCGCUCAACGCGUGCUGCAAUACCUGGGGUCAGUGUGGGACGACCAAGGAAUUCUGUGUCGACACCACAGUCUAUGGGGCUCCCGGCACAGCCGCGAAGAGUACGUACGGUUGCAUUUCCAACUGUGGCAUAGACAUUGUCAACAACGACAAAGCCCCGGCCAAGUUUGAGCGCAUCACGUACUUUGAGGCCUGGAACGACAGCCGCCCAUGCUUAAACAUGGAUGUCGACGAGGUUACCGACCUGAACACCAUCAUUCACUUCGAAUUUGGCUGGAUCAACGAGGACUUCACCAUCAGCGUCCAGGACGCUGAGGAGCAGUUUGAGAAGUUCGUCAAGGCAAACACCAAGCUCAAAGAGGUCAUUUCUUACGGAGGCUGGGCCUGUUCCAAUGAACAUCCCGCCAGCCACAUCAUUCGCCGCGCUGUCCAGCUGGAGAAUCGCCUCACCUUUGCGGCCAACGUCGUUGAUUUCGUGAAGAAGCACAAUCUGGAUGGUGUUGACUUCGACUGGGAAUAUCCCGGUGUCGAUGACAUCGGGGGCUCGGAUCCGUGGGCUGCCGAGGAUGGUGAAAACUACCUGGAGUUUCUGAAGCUGGUGAAGCAAGGUCUUAUGUCUGGUGCCACGGCCUCGUUCACCGCGCCGGCGUCGUACUGGCACCUCCGCCACUUCCCGAUUGGUGAUAUCGCCAAGGUCGUGGGCUACGUUGAAGGAUUGCGAACUAGGCAAUUCUUGCGCUCGCACAUCAACAAGACCCAGACGGAGAAUGCGCUGUCAAUGAUGACCAAGGCGGGCGUGCCCUCGUACAAGGUCUUUGUCGGCAUCAGCAGCUACGGCCGUAGCUUCAAGAUGGCGAAGCCCGAAUGCUACGACGGGGCUCUGCAGGUCAUGCUUACCGAGGCCAUGAGUGGCUACGAUGAGGCCGCGUCCGGCUACGACGACGUCUUCGACUUUUACCGCGACUUCAUGCACGACACGUUGAGCGAGCGUCUCCGCGGCAUGAUUUUGGACGACACGCAACCUCUUGCCGGCUUCUUCAAUUGCUACUACACCGAGGGUGAAAUCGGCAACCGCGAGGACGCCAGCAAGUACGACUGCAAAGAUCCGCCCAAUGGAUAUAUGCAGUCAUACACCUUCAGGGAGAUCCGCGACCGCGACGGCCUCAACAAGACACUCUCUAAGGAGGGCAUCGAUAUGGAACGGGUCCAGUUCGACAAGUAUACGUGGCAGUUUCACUGCUAG